UUGAAUGUGCCUAUUUAAUAAGAACAAAUUGAAGCCCUUAUUCCCAAUUCCCCUUUCAAUUAAAUUGCAGCAAUCUUCGUCUCUGAUCCAUGGCUUACGUUGAGCGAGUGGUUGCUAAAAUGAAGACUAAGUAGUGGAGGUGCUGGAGUAAAUAACAAUUACUACCAUUUAGAGGAGAUUGUUUGGUGUUAUUGUUGGUGAAUCAAGGGUGUUGUCAAAUCAAAGCGAUCAAUAUGGCGACUUAAAACAAUCACUGAUUUUUUCUGGGCCAUUGUUAACUUCAUAGGCAUGUUUUUCGCAACUAUGUUCUCGAUGGAAAAGUCAGAUGCGUACAGAAAACGUUCUGUGGGUAAGGAAUGGGAUGGCGGUGCUCCUGGAGGAGGUCCUGGCGGCGGUGGUGGCGGUGGUAGCGGUCCACGAGGCCCUCCUCGUGGGGGUCUCGACAAUGUUCGUGGGCUAGAUAGUAUAAGGGGACGUGAUCAUAGUUCACUGCCUGCCUGUGGUUCCUGCUGUGGCUGAUUGUUAGAGAUCCAAUGUGUGUAUAUGCCUUUUAUAUGUUACGGUUUGUAUCUAGUGUUGAACUGGUGUAAUAUGUAAACAUCGAUACGACUUUCAAGCUUUAUGUGCCCAUAAGCUGAAAUAACAAAAUUUAACUUUAUUGUUGCAUGUUGAUAGUUUUCAAAUGACAAAUUACUAUUUGUAUACCCUUACAGAACUCUUUUCUUCUGUUAUGAGCUUAGUUCAUGGCUUAGAAGUGUUAUCAGUAGUCGA